AUGGAGAAAGCUAAGUUGCCUUUCAAGAAGCGUUUUGCUAGGAAUGGAUCUUCUAUAGAGUUGAUGGUUGAUGAUUACAUGAAGGCGAAAGGAACAAGAGGAAGAUUUGGUGAUUCCCCAAAGGUUCUACAGUGCCUUGAAUGCAAAGGUUUUGGGCAUGUACAAGCUGAAUGUACAAAUCUGCAGAAGCGGAAGAAGAAGAAUGAAUCUGGUACUGAUUCAGAUGAUGGUGAGGAGUUGAAGAACUUGGUGGCGUUCACAACUUUUGUGCCUAGUUCUAAGACGAAAUCUGCGACGGGGUCUGCAUCAGCGUCUGUGUCAGGGUCUUCAUGUGGAGGUGAAGAUGAUGCUAGAAGUGAUGACGAUGAUGGAGAGUUUGAUCUUGGUAAGAAUUAUGAGAGGCUGUAUGAGAAUUGGCUCAAGCAGGUUGAUGCUAAUUCACAGUUUGCUAAGGAGAAAGCCAAGUUAGAAGCUCAAGUUGUUGAAGCACUUAAGUAUGCUUCAGAGAAAGAAGAAGAAGCACGACAGGCUGUGGCUAGACUUGCAGAGACUCAGAAGGGUUUGAAGAUGCUGAAUGGUGGGACGAAACAGCUAGAUCAUCUUCUCAAUAUUGGGAAAAGUGAUCGAUGUGGCCUUGGAUAUCAAGGAGAAUGUUCUACAGUUAAAGGUGUUUUUGUAUCAGCAGGAAAAGCUGAGGUGUUAGCUACGUCUACUACAAGACCAGAGGUUAAGGUGUCUGCAAAGAAGACAUCUAAUGGAAAGACUGCAGUGAAGACUGCAACUGAUGUGAAGAACGCGACUGCUACGCAUACUGCUACGCCAAGGUGUUUUAAGUUGCUGAGGGAGAAGAAUCAGAUGGUGCAAACUUAUGGUGCUUAUGGUAUGAGAAGUCAUGGUCCUAUAUGUUAUUCUUGUGGAGUUCAAGGGCAUAUUGACGUGAGUGUUUCAAGCCAGUUCAAGGAGCUAAUCAUGGAGGAUUUAAUCACUAUGGAGAUGGUGGAAUGGGAUUUCCUUCUUACUUUGGAGGAUAUAGAUCUUCAUAUUAGUUUUUGA